AAAUACUUGUGAUUGUUGCCUGUGAGAUGAGACUAGGCUGGCUGGUUCCAUCAACCUCUGUCCUCUGUUAUUGUUUGUUAAAGUCGACUCAGAGGAUUCAGGGACGUUUUGAAUCACUAGAAAAUCCAGUUUUAAGUGAAUAAAAUCACUUCUACGAGGAAAUACCUGUAUUUUUCGAAGCACUUCUUCGUUUGGUAACAUUUCGAGGUAAGAUGUGGUUGAAGUUAACCAUGUUUGUGGCCUGUUAGCUGCUUGUUAUUUGGUUUCUUUUGACAUUUCCUCCCCAUAUUCACGUUUUUUAUUCCUACCAGGCGAUCGAAUAACUUGUAGGAUAAUUAUUGUUGAAAUUAUCAAGUUCGUAAAGCAUCUGUAGCGAGUUAAAGUCAAUAUGAAUCCACCCAUGUUUUUUUCUUAUUGAUGACACACCAUGAUGCUUUCUAUGAGUCAUAUACAUUACUGCGUGGACUGGAUAGGUCUUCGUUGUAAUUCUGUCAAAAGUGAUACAUAUUCAACUCUAGCUGAGUGGAUAACUCGUGUUUGGAGCUAUUAAAACCUUAACCCUGAUCUGAGGAUCAAGCAAAUAAAACAUAACCCAGGAGCAUCAUUAUUUAGCAUGAUAUGUUAUUGAAAAUAACCGGAAUACAGUACUGAUUAUAGAUUUAUUGUAGGAUCAUGAGCUGCUUUUCGAAAAUCAAGUUCUUUGUAAGUCUAUUUCCUUCAUGAAAAACAUAGUUGACAAUAUAAUAUGAUCCAAUACUUAAUACAGUGCCUGUGAGAACAAUUUACAGCCAUUCUAUGAUAAAUGAUACAAAAUAUAGUCAGAAAAUGAUCCAUAAAAUAUAAUACUAAAUCCGCCUAAAGAGUAAAGCACAAAACAAAUGUCUGAAGCCCCACAUGAAGAAUAAAAAUGGAGGUGACGUCUUAAUAGAGAGCUGUUUUAUUUUUCCAUAUUUGCUGCUGGCUAAAAUCAUUUCUCACCAUCACAUAGAUGGAAAAAUUAAGUCUUAAGAGUCUUUUUUUUCAAACAUUGAUCUUUUACAGACAGAUAUACUAACUCACAAGCUCCUCAAGUGUAAAUCACGAGUACAAAUCAUCAUAUUUUAGAGAGAAGCUCGAAAUUUCUCCUGAUGUAUCCACAUGUUUGUAUAGCGCAGAGCCUCCAAAUGUAACAGAAAUAUGUUGUGUUAAUUUUUUUGUGUGUCUGUGUCAUUUAGUGUCCCGUUAACAGCAGACAAAAUGGGGCGAAUCUUCUUGGAUCACAUUGGUGGGACUCGCCUCUUCUCCUGUGCCAACUGUGACACCAUCUUGACCAACCGGGCUGAACUCAUCUCAACACGCUUCACCGGCGCCACCGGCCGAGCUUUCCUGUUCAACAAGGUACCUGAAGGCAUCACCUCCCUCACCUGAAGCAAAGACAACAUUCUUGUUGUACUUGUCAGUUUAAUUCAUGGAACAGUGAAAAUAAUUGAUUGAUUAAGGAUUAUGGGAUAGAGUUUGGAUAUAAAAUGCAUUGAUUUAUCCUUUUUGAUAUUCAUCAUAACAAAGCUGCUUUCAAAACCCUAUUAAAUGACUUUUGAUUAUGGUGAUGUAUCAACAUUAAUGUGAAAAAUAAUUUGUAAAAUGCUUCAAGCUAAAAUGCCAAAGAAAGACAAAUAGACUUCUUGUCCUUUCACUAUUCAAAAAACAAAAUGUAUUCUACCUGCUACCUUAAACAACACUUAGAUUCAUUUACCGUGCAGUGGUAUUUGAUCCACAUCCAUCAGAAUUUGCAGGGAAAAAGCUUAAAAAAGUGAAAACUCCCCUAUCAGCUGUUUGUGACAUGUACAUGUCUGCUACUCUCCAGGUUGUAAAUCUGCAGCACAGUGAGGUGCAGGACAGGGUCAUGCUGACUGGGCGACACAUGGUGCGAGAUGUCAGCUGCAAGAACUGCAACAGCAAACUGGGCUGGAUGUAUGAGUUUGCCACAGAGGAGAGCCAGCGAUACAAGGAGGGCCGAGUCAUCCUGGAGAGGGCGCUGGUGAGGGAGAGCGAAGGCUUUGAGCACGUUCCCUCUGAAAACUCCUGAGCUUGCUUCUGUUCCUACUAACAUGCUCAGCCAGUGCAUAAUGCAGCUUUUUCUCCAGCAGCAGUGCAUGGACAGCGUGCCAUUGUGUGUGUAGAGCUACACCCAAAUACAAUCACAGGCUUGGUCUUUGCAGGAAGUUUCUUGAAUAUGUAAGAAAUUCUUCCAUGAUGGGUAAUAACAUCAUUGCUUCUCCACACAUAGUAAAAACACCUGCAGUUGCAAUAUGAGCCCAGCAAGCUGUGCUGAAGGAAUGUUGCUGUGGUGAGAGGGAAAGGAUUUACUCCUGCUGUUGUGCAAGAAGCUAAGAGAGAAAGAUGUUUCAUAGAGGUUUGAAUAGCAGUGAGGAAUUGUGACAGCAGAAGAGUUGAUCUGUAUCUCCAUUACUUUUCUGUUAAGAGUUUCUUUUAAGUGUUUUAUGUCAAGAAAGUGUUAGUACUUUUCUCAACAUAUCAUUGAACAAUGGUUUUGGAAAAAAUAAGAGAGACGUGUCUUUGUAUUUGGUCUCAAAUAAAUGAGUUCAAACAAUGUCUA